GGUCGGGGGGCGGGUAAAACGAUGCGAUGAUGUAUUACCCAGCUUAUUGGGAGCAAUCUUUAAGGACCUGAAUCCCCGGGCUGCUCUGGAGUUUGAGAGCUCGAUCGUUUAGCAGGAUUUGCCUCCGUUCUGCCCCUUUGGGCCAGCCUGAAGCCGCCGGGCACUUCCGAAGCGCCCUGGAGUUAUGUGCUGGUGAACUUUGUAGCCCCAGGGACCGGCCUCUGCUAACACUCGAGACCAGGGCACAGGAGAUGGCUGUGCAGGCUGCCAUCAUGAACCCUCACUUCAUCCAUUUCUGUUUCCCCGGCUCCUCGAUGGAGUACGAGAUGGAGAGUGCUUACAGCGGGGCUCUUUUGGCGGAGAGGGAGAGCUCCGGGGAGGUGAAGGAAGCGACCAGCGCCCUCCUCAACUUUAUCGACUCAGCUUCCAGCAACAUCAAGCUGGCUUUAGACAAGCCCGUUAAAUCCAAGAGGAAAGUCAACCACAGAAAGUACUUGCAGAAACAGAUCAAAAGGUGCACGGGGAUGAUCUCUGGGGGCAGCAGUAACUCGGCAUCUGGGCAAGAGGCGGUCGGUAAGAGACAGCUUUCUCCCCCAUCCGCCAGCAGCACCACCCCCACGGGCCACUUCCAAUGCAAGCCGCCGCCGAAGAAGGACGGGUCGCAGUCAAGCCUUCAGAGCAAGUCCCUGGCGGCUCUCUUUGACUCGGUCCGGGAUCUCCGCCGAUCAGCAGCCGGAGACCGAGCCCUGGCAGCGGCGGCGGUGGCCGGCAGCAGCAAGAAAGUCCCCCUGAGGAACCGCAACUUGCCGCCGUCCUUCUUCACCGAGCCGGCCAACGUGAAAAUCAACUCCACCUCCGGAAUGUCCCUCAAGGACCUGGAGAGGGGAAAUCCCGAGGCCGCCGAGUUUUUCGAGCUGCUCGGGCCAGAUUACAGCAACAUGAUCUCGGCACAGGAGCCCUUCCUGGGCUCGGCGCUGCGGAUCCAGCAGGAAGGAAACUGCGAGCUCGGAUCCUACGACUCGUAUCGCGGCCUGACCGCUCUCAGUGGGAGCUUCCCCCACUUCCCAGAUCCUUGGCUGCCAUGCAAUCCUCCUAAGAAGAGCCCCACGGCCGGCUGCAACCUCGCCAUCCCCGAAGCGGCUAGGACAGUGCCCGUUCAGACACCCUUAUACCCCAGCAACCCACCCCCAAACUCUUCAUCCCUGGAGGAGCCGCCGGUCAGUUUAGCAAGCUUCCCGCAGUUUUUCCCGGAAUGUUCACUCCCGCAGCUCCCUUACGAAUAUAACCCAGGAUAUAAUUGCAGCAGACAAAACUUCCCGGGUCUUUAACUCCCUUUUCGAACCAGUACUUACUGCACAAAGACUUUUGAACUCAGCUCGGUUGUAUUUGGCCAGUAUUACAGGUGAACUGUUCAGAUAGAGAGAUCGGUAAAAAGGCCCUUUAUGUACUUUGAACAUGAGUCGGUAAUGUGCAUUCACUCGAGAUAUACCUUACUUUAGAAUAAGGCACGGUGGGUUUAAUUCAUUAUAAACGAGAAUCAUGCUUCUCCUAUGUAUUCCAUUG